GCCAGUCCCUCCCUCUCUUUCCUCGUUUUCUCUCUCUAGGGCACGGACACUGUGUCUCCGAUCUCUUCGAUUCCUCCAUCGGCAAACUCCGGCGAAAUCUCCGGCGAUGGCGCGCGAAAUCUCAGAUCAACCCUUUGACUUGAUCUCGAUAGUUGAACACUUAAACGGAGUUCCCUCUAAAGAGAUCACUAAGUCGUUGAAAGACGCCGAGGGUUUCAUCAUACAGUGCAGUAAUGGGAGAGGGUCAGUGAGGCAGGUCGAUGUGGAGAAGCUCGCGGCUUCUCUCCCUUUGCACCUAAUUGCGGUGCUUUUGUCGUCGGAUACUGGAACACGGUUGGCUCAUUUGCUUCGUGGUGUUCGACUUUUGCACGUGUUGUGCGAUGCGGCUUCUCGCCAUAACAGACUUGAGCAGAUUCUGCUAGAUGACGUCAAAGUCUCAGAACAGUUGCUUGAUCUUGUAUUCUUCAUGUUAAUUGUUCUUGCACAAACUGAGCAGGACUAUGGUCUUGGAACUUCUGUGCCUCCUUUGCAUUCAGCACUUGUUGCCUGCACCUUUCAUCUUUUAACAGGUUAUAUUUCAUCACAGUGGCACGAACUUGUACAUGUUCUGCUAGCACAUCCUAAGGUUGAUAUAUUUAUGGAUGUAGCUUUUGAUGCUGUGCAUGCAGACAUUAGGCUUUUAUGUGUCAAGCUUUCUGGACUAGAUAAGGACAUCCUGUGCAAAAGUUCCAGUCUCCGUGCAGCCGAAACAACAGCUAAUUUUCUUUGUCAACAAUGUGAAGUUUCAUUACAGUUCCUGUUGUCCUUGUGCCAGCAAAAACUGUUCCGUGACCGGCUUCUCAAAAAUAAGGAACUAUGUAAAACUGGGGGCAUUUUUUCACUCUGUCUCACUAUACUUAAGUUAAAGACACCAUCUAGUUUUACAGAAUCUCUACGUAUUGUGGCUGCUGUUUCCAGGCUGAAAUCAAAAGUUCUGUCAAUUUUGCUGCAGCUUUGUGAAGCAGAGAGUGUUUCUUACCUCGAUGAAGUCGCUGGUUCCCCAAAGAGCAUGCGUUUGGCAAAAUCUGUAGCGCUACAAGUCUGUUUCCUCUUUAAUGUCAAAGUAGUGAAGCAGAGUGGAAAGUCUGUUGAUCGACAUCCAACGGGUCUUGUGCUUCUUAACUCAUUAUGUCUGGCUGAUAUCUACUCUGAUGAUUCAAAUUUCCGAUCAUUCUUUAUGACAAAUGCUAUUCAGGUUCUUAUUGAAAUUUUGGGUAUACCUCAUGAAGAAUUUCGAUCUCGUUGGUGUUCUACUGAUAUACCAAUGGAGGAAGAUAUUAACUUGGAAUAUGAUCCAUUUACUGCAGCUGGUGUAGCAUUAUUAUUUCUUUCACCUGAUUGUGACAGUGCUUUAUCGGCACCUGUUCCUCCAAGUGAGAAUAAUUUUGGCUGCCACAGUAAUUUCAAUGGUGCAAUGUCCUUACUUACUUAUGCACAGCAGAAAGCCUCAUAUUUGGUUAAAAUAAUAGCAAAUCUACACUGUUUUAUUCCUAACAUUUGUGAAGAGGAAGAGAAGAAUUUAUUUCUCAACAAGUUUCUUGAGUGUUUGUGCAUGGAGGCAUCUGAAUCCUGUAGAUAUCCAUCAAAUUUUAAAGAGAAGGCUGCCACAAUUUGUGAAAACCUAAGUUCUUUGGCUGAUUACACAGCAUCUUUGAUUCCCAGCUUACUGAAUGAUGAAGAUGUUAAUCUCUUAAGACUUUUCACUGAGCAACUAAAGAAGUUAAUUCCUCCACAAGUUGAUGACAAUUUGAUUAAGGAACCUGAUGCGAGAGAUGUUAAAGCUACAAUAAAGAAAAUUGAAAAUUUGCACCCUACAAAUCAGUCUUUGCCUAACUGGAGUAAACUUUCAAAUCCCGAUUACAUCAAAAUGGACCAGGAUGCUCAAAAUACCAAAGAAGGUGCAUCAUCUACCUUGGGGAGGCUAAAUAUCAGUGCUCAAGAAGGAACACAAAACUUCAAAGGAGAGUUAGACCAGUACAUUAUAACAAUCAAGCCUGAAGACCGACCUGAUGACGUUGAGUUAGAUCAAAAUGAAAUGAAGAAUGUACUUGCUGACAGUAGUGGCGUGGCUGAAUUGUUAAGAGGUAUUGAGAAAGAGAAUCGGAAGUUUGAAACAAAGGGUGAAGUUGAUAUGAUUUAUCAUAGUGGGGAGUUUUGUAAAGCCUCAGAAUACGCAAAAGGAAGUGGUUUGCAAGAUGAUGAAAAAGUUGACAAUAUUCAUGAAAAGCAACAUAGGAAAAGGAAGCGGAAUAUCAUGAGUGAGAGACAGGUAAAUUUAAUUGAAGGGGCUCUUGUGGACGAGCCUGACAUGCAACGGAACUCAGCUUCAUUGCAGUCAUGGGCAGAUACCUUGAGUGCUGAGGGAUCAGAGAUAACACCUUCUCAGCUAAAGAACUGGCUAAACAAUCGAAAAGCUAGACUUGCCCGUGCUGCCCGAGAAGCUCGUGGCCCGUCAGAAGGUGAAAAUCCGUACUCUGACAAAACCUGUGGACCGAGCACUUCCCAUUUCUGUGAUUCCCCCGACAGCGCCAACGAAGACCUUGACAUCCCCCCCUCCAAAACAGGUAUUCUCAAACCAAACCCUAAUACAGAUUUUAAAUCACAGCACAGGGUUCAUCAAAGCCUAAAACCGGGAGCGAUGGUUAUGGUGGUUGAUGAGGAAGGGAAGGAGGUGGGGAAAGGGAAGGUGUUUCAGGUUGAUGGUCGAUGGCAAGGGAAGAAUUUGGAGGAUGUGGGGGUUUGCAUUGUGGAUAUUACAGACCUUAAGGUUGAGAGGUCGAAGGAGGUUCAGUAUCCUUCGGAUGGAGGUGGGAGGACUUUUGAGGAGGCUGCGGGUAGAAAUGGUGGGGUUGCUAGGGUUGCUUGGGAUGUGAUUAGGGUUCAUCAGUUGCUGCAUUGAAUUUUGAUGGCUUAUAGAGAAAUCCUACUGUUAGUUAUGUUUAUAAGUAACGUUGCCUGGUUCAGUGGGUCCCUUGGUUAAAAAUAUGUUUUCGUAAUUCAUGUCAACGACGUCAUUUAUGGGUUCACAGAACAAAUAUAUGUCAUUGGUGAAUAUAAUCAAAUCGUAAGAAUUUUCUGCAACCAAGGAUGUAGUGGAUCCCUAGUUUUUAUAGGGAAGAAAUCUUUGAGUUGUUGACAGACAAUUUAAGAGUCGCUGAAAGAUUAAUGAAAGUAAUUGGCUUGAAGAAUGUUCAGAAAGGGAAAGGACAAAAAAGGAUUGGAAGGAGCAAAGUCUGAUGAGACGAACCGUUUCUUCACAAAGCCCAUGGAGAUUGAGGAGGCAGUGCUUUUUGAGGUAUUUGAGUUGCUAUUGUUAGAGGUUGAUGUAGAGAAUGUACCACUAUCAUUUGUAUAUGUUCUUGAUAAUUUUUGAUUGUUAAUGGGAUCCCCUACUAAAAUGUGAUUAGGUGUUUAAUUGAUGUUGGAGGAAAUACUAUUGGGAUCUCGCAGACUACAAUGCAUCUCUUACCAUGUAUCACGAUUCCCUUUUGAGAUUUAUGAUAGAAUGUCGUCGUAUUAACCCCACAAAAAAAGUCAUUAAAGAGUGCUGUAAGCGAGGGAGAUAAGUCACGUUAGAAUGUUUUAUUUUAUUUUAGUUAAUAUGGCUGUUACUUUUA